UCCACAAAACCUCAUGCUUCUCUGUCUUGCUCCGAAACUUUUAGAUGCUCUUUUAGAUUCCAACUCCUUCUAAAACCCUGUUUCUCUCUCAUGAAAAUGUGCAGAUAAUGAAAACAAAACAAUGGCUACUUUCUCUCUCUACUCUCAUCGUUUCCCUCCGAAGCUCCUCGAUUUCACCGAAUCUAGAACCCAGGACUGGAACCGUAGACGGCGCCUUUCUCUAACCACAUGGACUUCCUCGCGUUCGCGAAUUAUCUGUUCAUCUUUCAAGGACGAUUCUCUCGGCGAUAGCUUCUCCAGUAACUUCUGCAUUAUAGAAGGGCCAGAGACGGUCCAGGAUUUUGUCCAAAUGCAGCUCCAGGAAAUCCAUGACAAUAUAAGGAGCAGAAGGAAUAAGAUUUUUCUCUUAAUGGAAGAGGUAAGGAGAUUAAGGGUGCAACAAAGGAUAAAGAGUAUAGGUGAUGUUGAUGAGAACGGCGUGGAAGAGCCUUACGAGAUGCCUGAUAUGCCUUCAUCGAUUCCUUUUCUUCCUCAUGUUACACCAAAGACAUUAAAGCAGCUAUACCUGACCAGCUUAUCAUUUAUUUCUGGUAUAAUUGUAUUUGGAGGCCUUAUUGCACCAACACUGGAACUAAAACUAGGUUUAGGGGGUACAUCAUACGAAGAUUUUAUUCGCAGCAUGCAUUUGCCUUUACAAUUGAGUCAGGUCGAUCCCAUUGUGGCGUCUUUUUCAGGCGGGGCAGUUGGUGUCGUUUCUGCCUUAAUGCUAAUCGAAGCCAAUAAUGUUGAGCAACAAGAGAGUAAACGAUGCAAAUACUGCCAUGGAACUGGAUACUUGGCAUGUGCUAGAUGUUCUGCAAGUGGUAUAUGCUUGAGAAUUGACUCCAUUUCAGCGUCAAGUCAUUCCGACUGCCCUUUGCGAGUGCCUGGGGCACAGAGGUGUCUAAAUUGCUCUGGUGCCGGAAAGGUUAUGUGUCCGACCUGCCUGUGCACUGGAAUGGUAAUGGCAAGUGAACAUGAUCCACGGAUAGAUCCAUUUGACUGAUCAACAACAAUUACUUAGCAAGAUUAAUCUUUUUUUUUUCUUGGUUGUUUGUUUUCUAUGUAACUUGAAUAAUUCGGAUGUUCAACUUAUUUAAUCCAUUCCCAUGGACUCCCUACUCCAAACACUCAGAAUUAUGAAAGUAAAGCUUUUGUUCAACAGA